AUGAAUUCCUGUACACUUUUAUUAAUUGCAUCAGUAACAAUGUUUACAUCUUGUGAAAGCUUUUGGUGGAAUAACAGAAACUAUAUAAGAUUUCGAAAACCGGAUGAUGUUUGGCAACCGCCAUUCCGAACAAUAAUGUGUGGUUCUUUUCCAUUGAAAGUUCGUUUAGACGCCGAUGUCGAGGAAGUAUGUAAAGGAUACUUGGAACGUCUCCGUACGAUCGGAGAACUUUACGACUGA